GUAUAAGAGAUCAAUAUAGAAAAAAACGAACACGAAAUUAUACCAAAGACUUGGACCAAAUUCACCAAGAAUUGAAAGAAUUAGAUGAACAAAUGGAGCCAAACCAAGAAUUAGAUCCAGAUUUACCAGGAUUUGGAAACUACCCUUGUGUAGCUUGCGCGCGUUAUUUCAUAAGUCAAAAAGCCCUUGAUGAACAUAAUCGUGUUCCUUAUACACAAGUUGAAGCCGAAGCGGCUGUUGGAUAUUCUACAGAACAUUCAAGAAUCAAAAUAAUGGAGGAUGUUAAUUAUUGA